GCGGUGUUGGCUCUCGCCGUGCUGUUCUUACUGAAAGGUGUUUUCCCCUUUGUGCAGCUGUUAAAAAACCUGCUCCUGCACCCCCGAAACCAGGAAACCCACCUCCUGGCCACCUCGGGGGCCAGAGCUCUCCAGGAACAUCUCCGCACCCACCCAGCCUGUCACCAAAGCCAACCACCCGCAGCCCUUCUCCUCCCGCCCAGCACGCAGGCCAGGCCCCCGCCCAGCACGCGGGCCAGGCCCCCGGCCAGCCCUGCACCACCUCGCAGCCCUCUGCGCCCCGGAGGUACUCCAGCAGCCUGUCCCCGAUACAAGCCCCCAGUCACCCACCGCCGCAGCCCCCGACGCAGGCCGCGCUGCUGGGGCACAGCAGACCGAGUAGCCAGGGCCCGCCCGCCCCGGUGGCACUGCCCAGUGAGCCUGGACUUGAGCAGCCGCCUCACACCCCUCCCCAGACUCCAACGCCCCCCAGGACUCCACCUUUAGGAAAACAGAACCCCAGCCUGCCAGCUUCUCAGACCCAGGCGGUGAGUAACCCUGAGACGGUGCAGCCACACACCGGAACCUUACCGAGACCGAGACCAGUACCAAAGCCGAGGAACCGGCCCAGUGUGCCUCCACCCCCACAUCCUCCUGGCGCCCACUCUGCUGGGGACGGCACCCUCACCAACGCAGCUCCCACUGCUUCCAAAAUAGUAACGGAUGCCCUCACAGAUGUAUGACCUGCCAUAUUCAGUAGGAACUGAAAUUGGAAUAUUUAAUGGUAAGGAAAAGGCACCUGAUUGGCCAAAGCAUUUGUGCUACUUUAUGAUCAUGUUUGUGCACUAAUGCCUGUUACUAACCGGGCACCCUAACCCUGCCUGCUUGCAUCCCUACUAACAGUGCAUGUACUGAAGGAGGCUGGCUUCGUUCAUGCUUGCUGUCAAUCACCCUGGAUACGAAGUGUGCUCACAGACGUGUGACAGGUGCUCACGCGGCUGGCCCUGUUACUUCUCUCACUUCUGUUCUUUUCUAUACCAGGCAGGCUUGAGGUGUAGUAGAAAGAAGACAUUGUAGACCCGGACAUGCCCGAAUUAGAAUUGCAGCUCUCUGUGUAACAUCAGAUAAGGCACAGCCUGGCUGAUCAGUAAGAGGGUGAUGUUUGUGAGAAUUUCUCCUGAAGGGAUUAAAUCAGAUAAAAUAAGAAAACAUCUUACAGUUCUUAAUAUUCACGGGGUCCUAAGUAAACGGUAGCUAUUUAUGAUCAUUUUUAUCUUGGAAAAAAUAGAUAUUCAGAGUUAUGUAUUAGAUUCAUAGGUCAACGCUUUAAAAAUUCAUAUGCCCAGACCCAGCCUUCUAGAACCCAGACACGGGAGGGCUGGGGCCCAGGCAUCCAUAUUUAGAUUCUGAUGCCACCACUUGGUUUUCCCAAUAUCGCUUCUUUCGUGGGUGAAAAAGACAAUGCUCAGGAGUAAAAGAUAUUUCUUAAUACUUCAUGAUAUUACAUGAGCCUGAGAAUACCCACAAGGCACCCAUCCUCUGUGCAAGGAUACACCAUGUCGCUCUCAGGAUCGUCCUUAAAACCACGACACUUUGCUGGUUCUCACAGUGUUCUUUUUUAAAACUAACCUCUUUU